AUGCCAUACUAUCCAAAGACUACUAGCAUCUACUCUACUUCAUCGUCAUCAGAAGAAGAACACUACUACAUACCUUCUCGAGACCAACGCCAUAACUACAACUGGGACACCAACCAACCACACACCCUCAUCCCUCAGCUCAACACCGCAACCACCUUUUCCACCAAAUCCCCAACAUCCCUGCCGAUGACAGACUCCUCGCACCACCACCAACCCAUCGACGCGCGAGCCCUGCACUCCCGCCUCGCUGUCAUCACCAGCAACAACAACAAUAGCAACGAAACCACCACCGACCAUGGAUCCCCCCACCGACGUCUCCGACCCUCCCUUGAUAGCACCAUCACCACCAACAACACUCUCCCCUUCACCAAAUCCUCGACAAUCUCCACCUUUGACUCGCACACCUCCACCACCUCCUCGCGCCUCCACGCCUCCCCAAGCAGCAGACUGCACCCGGAGACCGUGGGCAUCGCGCCCGGCGACUUCAGCAAGCCAAGAGUGCCCCGGCGAAGCCGCAGAUACACCAUGGAGAGUAGCACGAGCAGUGGGAGUGCCAGGAGGGAAAGGGAGGAGCCGGCGCAGUUUAAAUAUUACGGGCGCCAUGGCAAUCAGUGGCUCUUCAAUGAUUUUAGUGUUAGCGGGGCGGUGGCAAAAGGGUUUAGGAGGGUGUUUAGGGGGAAAGGGGAGGAAGGGAAGGGGGAUUGGUAUGAGGAUCGGGAGGGGAGGUGA